AUGCCCUCCCUCUACCGAAUCGGAGUCGAUGUUGGAGGAACAAACACUGACGCCGCAAUCCUCGACAUACGAGCCACCAACAACCCCGGUCGCGGCGUCCUAGCCUCACAUAAAGCGAGCACCACAAAAGACAUCACCAGUGGCAUCGAAGCAGCCAUAAGAGCAGUCAUCCGUGAUUCUGCUGUCGACCAGAGCUGUGUUCUUAGCGUUACAAUAGGGACAACACAUUUCAUCAACGCCCUUGUAGAAGCAGACGCCAGGAGACUCGAUCGUGUCGCUGUGCUGAGGCUGUGCGGUCCGUUUACAAGACAAUUACCACCCUUUGCCGAUUUCCCACUCGGCUUAAGAACAAUUCUUGACGGAGGUGUAUACUAUCUCGACGGAGGUCUUGAGAUUGACGGGAGGGAAAUAUUGCCACUGGACGAGGAACAGAUUAGACGGACGGCCAGGGAUGUCGUCGCCAAGGGUGUCAGCGUCAUCGCUCUAGUAGGCGUCUUUUCACCACUCGACCACGACGGCCUACACGAAGAACGAUGCCGACGAAUUAUUUAUGAGGAAUGUCCAGGACUACAUGUUGUCUGCUCUCAAGACAUCGGACCAACAGGAUUUCUAGAGCGUGAAAAUGCGACAAUCCUCAACGCUUCCAUACUGCGAACCGGACACAGGGUCAAGAAGGGGUUCAAGCAUGCCAUGCACCGACUACAACUCACAUGUCCUCUCUUCCUAUCGCAAAACGACGGUACAUUGAUCGACGCCGAAACAGCAGCCGAAUUCCCCAUCAAGACCUUUGCAAGCGGACCAACAAAUAGCAUGACCGGAGCCGCAUUUCUCGCCGGGUUGGAUAAGAAGGCUGAGACACAAUCGGAAGAGGAGGAACCGCAAGUUCUGGUUAUUGACAUUGGAGGUACAACCACUGAUGUCUGCGCUCUGCUCCCUUCUGGUUUCCCUCGCCAAGCCCCCGGUUUCGUCGAGGUGGGAGGCGUUCGCACCGCAUUCUCAAUGCCAGAGGUUGUCUCAAUUGGUCUAGGAGGUGGAAGCAAAGUAAAUGUUAAUGAGGAAACGGGAGGUGUCACCAUCGGUCCUGGGUCAGUUGGUCAUUGUAUACAACAAGAAGCAAGAGUCUUUGGGGGCAAGACUCUGACAGCGACCGACAUUGUUGUCGCGCUGGGUAAAGUCAACCUUGGAGAUGCAUCUCUGGUCAACGAUGUCCCUCCUUCUGUUGUGGAGAAUGGCCGCAAAGAACUCAACAGAAUGCUAGAGAGUCUCGUUGAACAAAUGAAGGUCUCUUCAGCGCCCGUUCAUGCCCUUCUCGUCGGCGGAGGCGCCCUGCUCGUCACAGAGGCUCUCACCGGCGUGGACAAGUGCAUCGUGCCUAUCCACCAAGGCGCAGCCAACGCAGUCGGCGCAGCAAUCGCAAAGGUUUCUGGCGAGAUUGACAUUGUGGAAAUCCCCGAAGGACGGUCGGAAAAGGUCAUUGUCGACGCAGCGUGCGCCAAAGCAAUUGAUCUCGCCAUCGCCAAGGGUGCUGCGAAGAAUGAUGUCAAGAUCGUCGAGAUCAACAAGAUGCCUCUGCAAUACCUGUCCAACGGAGCUAUUAGGAUACAAGUACGCGCCGUCGGCCAAUUAGCCAUUCCUGAAGAACUCACGCCGCCGCCUUCACCACCUGUGUUGAGCAUGCGCGAGGUUCAAGAGGAUGAGGGCGAGAAAGUCAGCGUCCCUGAUGCGUUGAUACCGACCUACAAGCCAUCUCUACACGUGGACCUCGACGCAUACAGACCUGAUGUUCAAGACGGUGUAUGGUAUCUCUCGGAAGUUGAUCUCGAAAUGAUCGCCACCGGAUGCGGUGUUCUCGGAACCGGCGGCGGCGGACCAACACACCACGAGUACCUCAAGAGUUUGGAUGCGCUACGGAAGAACCCGGAAAAUAAGAUGAGAGUCAUUUCGCCCAAAGCUCUUGACGACGAUGCCAUGGUCUGCUUUGGCUCGUGGUAUGGUAGUCCGAGUGUGAUUAAUGAGCGAAUUGCGGGCGGGAAUGAGAUCGUCACGGGGAUUAAUGCUGUGAACAAGGUCGUUGGAAACAAGACUUUUGACGGCAUGUAUAUUGAUGAGAUUGGUGGUGGAAAUGGUAUGAGUGCUUUUCCCUCGGCUGUUCAUUUCGACGUUCCUGUCGUCGAUGGCGAUGCCAUGGGUCGGGCAUAUCCAACCAUGUAUCACGUAUGCGCCAACCCUCUGCCCGGCUCUGUGAUUAAAUCCCAUGGCGUUCCCAACACUGUUUCUCAAGCGUGGUAUCUUGGUCGCGCGGUACACAACGCCCGACGAAAAAAGACCAGCUAUGUAGAAGCGAUUUUUGACGUCUGCGCUGGAAAACUACUGUUUACCGGUAAAAUCGUCGAUGUGAGAAGAUACAUUGGCGGCGGCUACACAAUGGGCUCAGUGGUAAUUGCGCCGCUCAGCGCCGACGAACGCGAAACAAACGGAUCGGAAAGUACCACAAGCGGCGACAAGCACAUGGUCAUCCCCUUCCAGAACGAGUAUCUCUACGCCGCCCUCAGCGACGCCGACGGCUCGGAAGAAUCGCAAGAGGUUGUAUGCACAGUUCCCGACCUAAUUUCCAUCCUCGGCCAAGACGGCGAGGGAAUUGGUUCUCAAGACUUACGGUAUGGCUUGAGGGUAAACGUCGUUGCUCUACCAGCGCAUCCGUUGUGGAAGACCGACAAGGGCAUGAAGGUUGGUGGACCGGAGGGUUUUGGGCUUAAGAUGGGUUAUGUAGUCUCGGUAGUGUUAGCUCCGGCAAUGAGCAAGUCUUGGUGCGGCACGGCGCGCCAUGUUUAG